AUGGGUUGUGUAUUGGGUCAGCAUGAUGAAGACGGGAAAAGAGAGCAUGCUAUAUAUUACUUGAGUAAGAGAUUCACAGAUUGCGAACAACGAUAUUCGUCGUUAGAGCGAACUUGUUGUGCACUGGCGUGGGCUACUCAUCGUUUAAGGCAAUACAUGUUGAGUCACUCUACUUGGUUGAUAUCUAAAAUGGAUCCUAUCAAGUAUAUUUUCAAAAAGCCCGCUCUCACUGGAAGAAUAGCUCGAUGGCAGAUGCUACUAUCGGAGUACGACAUUGUAUAUGUUACUCAGAAAUCUAUCAAGGGUAGCGCUUUAGCGGAAUAUUUAGCCCAUCAACCCAUUAGUGAUUAUCAGCCAAUGCAACCUGAGUUUCCUGACGAAGAUAUCAUGGCUUUAUUUGCUGAGAACAAAGAGGACAAAAAUGAAAAAGCCUGGACGGUAUUAUUCGAUGGGGCCUCGAAUGUAAUGGGGCAUGGAAUAGGGGCAAUGCUUAUCUCUCCUAAGAAUCAAUACAUACCAAUGACGACAAGGUUGUGUUUUAAUUGUACGAAUAAUAUCGUAGAAUAUGAAGCCUGUGCUAUGGGUAUUCGAGCAGCAAUAGAGUCUAAAGCAAAAAUUCUGGAUGUAUAUGGAGAUUCAGCUUUGGUCAUCCAUCAAUUGAAGGAAGAAUGGGAGACUAGGGAUACAAAAUUAAUUCCAUACCAAGCUUACAUCAGGGGAUUAAUUGAGUAUUUCGAUUCCAUCACGUUUAAUCAUAUACCGCGAGAAGAUAAUCAAUUAGCAGACGCGUUGGCUACUUUUUCGUCAAUGUUUGAAGUUGAUCAAGAUACAAAAUUGCCAAUGAUCGAAAUGAAGAGUCAUGCGGAGCCAGCGUAUUGUCAUUUCAUCGAGGAGGAGGUAGAUGGCAAACCUUGGUACUUUGAUAUCAAGCAUUAUCUUAGGACCCGAGAAUAUCCAGAGAAGGCAUCUGAAAAUGAUAAAAGGGCGUUAAGGAGAUUGGUUGGCAGCUUCAUUUUGAGUGGGGAUAUUUUAUAUAAGAGGAAUCAUGACAUGGUUAUCCUUAGAUGCGUAGAUGCAAAAGAAGCCGAGCUGAUACUAAAAGAAGUGCACGAGGGUACAUUUGACACGCACAUGAAUGGGCACUCAAUGGCCAGGAAGAUACUGAGAGCGGGGUAUUUUUGGUUGACUAUGGAAAAUGAUUGUUGUACACAUGUGAGAAAGUGUGAGAAAUGCCAGGUGUACGCAAAUAAUAUCAAUGUGCCACCCACGACCUUGAACGUGUUGUCUACACCAUGGCCCUUUUCGAUGUGGGGAAUAGAUGUCAUCGGAGCUAUAGAGCCAAAGGCGUCAAAUGGACACCGUUUCAUAUUAGUCGCAAUCAACUACUUCACCAAGUGGGUUGAGGCUGCUUCUUAUGCUAAUGUGACUAGAAAGGUGGUGACCAAGUUCAUAAAAAGGGAGUUGAUUUGCAGAUACGGGCUCCCUAACAGGAUUAUCACUGAUAAUGCCACUAACUUGAACAACCAGAUGAUGACAGAGUUAUGUGAGGAGUUCAAAAUUCAUCAUCUUAAUUCUUCUCCUUAUCGUCCAAAGAUGAAUGGGGCAGUAGAGGCUGCUAACAAAAAUAUCAAGAAGAUUGUGCAGAAGAUGGUGGUCACAUAUAAGGAUUGGCAUGAAAUGCUUCCUUUUGCUUUACAUGGUUAUCGCACUUCGGUACGAACAUCGACUGGGGCAACGCCUUUCUCGCUUGUAUAUGGAAUGGAAGCAGUACUUCCGUUUGAAGUGGAAAUUCCGUCCUUACGAGUUUUAAUGGAAACCCAAUUAGAAGAGGCUGAGUGGGUUCAAGCUCGUUUCGACCAGCUCAAUCUCAUCGAUGAAAAAAGAUUAACAGCAAUAUGCCAUGGACAAUUGUACCAAAGAAGAAUGAAGAAGGCAUUUGACUAA